UACAACUUCUACCAUAGCUUCUGAAACAAAGUGGACAGUGGUCAAAGUACACAGAGAAAACGAAACUGGUUCGGUAAAUGAGAAGUACAUCAUUAGAUCUAUAUGAUGUAUUGAGUCUUCUGAUAUCUCUGUUUAAAUGCCUGCUUUUUCUUAAACGAGGGCUGGCAACUUGGGUUUUGUGUACUGUAAGGUGCUUUUGCAAUAACAACAGUCAACGUCAACAGCGGACAGCGUUCCCCGACAAUCAACAACAGUACAGGAUUUACACUACACUACUAGAUAAUUUGUGUGAGACAUGGAGGGAGACCAGACUGAUGCCAAAAACAGAGGCAUUCAGUUUGUGUACGAGCAGUGGAAAAAUGUGACAGAACAUUUCCGAGUUUCUUCAUCUACACGAGAGAACUGGUGGCGAAUCAUCGUGCGUCGGUACGGGGAAAAAUGGCGGUUCUACCACACCAUGAGCCACGUCCAGCAGAUGUUGUGCCUGUACCAGCAGUGGAAGGAAUGUAUCGCUGAUUUACACACUGUCUGCCUCGCCAUUUUUUUCCAUGACAUUGUCUACGACCCUACAUCUGGUAACAAUGAGCUGCAGUCCAUUGUCUUAUUCCAAAAAUUUGCUAUGGAUGCUAAUCUGCCGGAUGCUGUGAGCGAGCGUGUCGCCGGGAUGAUUUCUGCCACAAUUUCCCACAAGGCCAAUAACCCUGACGACCAGGACCUGUGUCUCUUCUUGGACUUUGAUCUGUCUAUAUUGGGACAGAGUGCAGAGGUCUAUGAAUCGUAUGCAGAGAAAAUCCGCCAAGAGUACAUUCACUUCAGCGAUGAGUCAUACAGAGAGGGCAGGGUGAAGGUUCUCCAAGGCUUGCUUAGUUCCCCUCGUCUGUUUAUCUCAAAAGAACUGGGAGACCUUUUUGAGGACCAGGCAAGGGAGAAUAUGAGGAAGGAAAUCACAUCACUCCAAGUGUAGACGUUUCCUUACUCGUACCAAUCACUGAGUUCAAGCAAGAGUUGUGCGCUAGGCUGUUGGACACGGCCUAUUUGAGAUACCAAAAAAGACGUCCUCACAUAUCUAUAUGAAUGUACAUUUGGUACUCUAUUUAGGGAAAGUUGCGUCUUGUAUACAUAGAAUUUUUCUAAGAGCAACUCUGUUUUAGAAGCAAAUCAAAAUGGGUUGUUUUCUCGGCGCCAGUGGCGACAGCUAUAAAAAUAGGUUUGGAUUUUGGGGGACUGUUUAAGAGAGUGAACUGUGAACUGUCUUGUAGUGUAGCUUUUUUGGCUCAAGGCUUGAGUUUUUAAAUAUUCAUCCAAAGAGUAUUUAUCUAUAAUACAGAUGAACUUGCUC